AUGGAUCCCGAGGUAGCCGCAGCGUCUUCGUCGUCGCCGCUGUCGCCGUCGACGCUGUCGCCACCCCCAGCGUCGUCGACAGGGACCACGCCGCCACCAGCGUCUCCCCUUGACGCUGGCGCCUUUCCACACUUGCUUGACGUUAUCAUUGAGAAUGCUCCACUGGCCACGCUGAUGGCCUUUCGCUUGACGUCGUCGACCAUUCGGGACCGCGUCGACAAGGUUCUCUUCCACCACCUCUCCCUGUGGCCUGUCAAGCGGUGGGACCUGCCUGGCCUGCCCGUCGAGUUCCAUUCGUUUCUCGCUGCCACGGGUGGCAGCAGCAGCAGCAGCAGCAAACGGGUGCCUCUGACACUCAACCCCCACUGGGGACGGCGGGUGCGGGUGGUAACGUUCCCAGUCGCCAUGGUCCGCAACUAUCUCGGCUACGACCCGCGGCCACUUGCCAGGCUGUUGCCCAACAUUCGCGUGGUGCGUCUCAUCAACCCCAACCACCAGCCCGUGCUGCCUCUCGCCGCACCCGUCCUCGUCGUCUUCUUGGCGUUUAUCCCCCUCUUCGAGACCGGUACUCCCGUCGACUCGCCACGCGCAAUGCUUACCGCCACUGCCCCGCGUAUUCCGCCGUAUGUCGAGCGCCUAGUCCUCACGGUACGUACGCAACUCGACGACGACGACUGGAGUUCCGGCGGCAUCGUCUCCAUGAUUCAUCCGCAAGACGCGCUCCGUGGCGAGCUCACAGCCGUUGUCGUCAUCUUUGACGUCGCGAGCAAGCUGUAUCCGACCAGGCCCGACGGCGGCGGCCCACUGCAACUGCCCCUGCGGCCGACCGUGUACUCGCACGACAUUCUCGAGACCGUGUCCGACCUCGUCGAGACCAUGGUGUACACCCUCCACCGCGUGCGGUAUACCCUGGUGGACGUGCAUCGAAUGACCCUCCGCCCCCGCCGCCAUGUCGAGACGGCCAUUGCCAGGCAGCUCCAGUCCGAGCUGAGCCGUGGCCGCCCAGAACUCGACGACAUGGACUGCAGGCUCGCGCUUCAGAACGUCGAGUUUCUGUCGUCCAGCGAGUACCGCACCCGUGUGGGCGACGCCCAGUUUGUCAUCGAGACGGACGAGUAA